AUGACUUCCCACGAUAGCGUCAUUGACAGUCUACCAAAUGAACUUUAUACACCUUACCUAGCGUGCCAGUAUCAAGGCACCAUAACGCGUGACGGGCCCGCCGUCAGCGAUGAGGCAACUGCGCUGGGUGACCUACAGCGCCUAUAUGCGUCGUUCAAACCCACCUUUGCAGAGGAGAAUCGUCGGCCAAGGAGGAUUAGAGCGAGGUUUACUGAGGCGCAGGCGUCCGAGGAUUCCGAAGACGAUUCCGCGACGCAGCACAUUCAUCUCGACGAUGGCGAGCUGUUUUCUCAGCUAUGCGCCGUUACCAACCUCGUUAAGGAAGGACCCAAGCGUGGGUUGUUUAUAAGCCAUGUUAACAUCGUCGACGGUGUCGUACGAAUCUUUCGAAACUGGCUGGCCGAAAUGGCAAGCAAGCAGGACUUGUCGAGCGUGGGCCCCGAGAGUAUCGUAUGGAUAGGUCGACAUGACAACGUUGGAAUACGCUUCCGAGUUGUUCCUGCGGCGUCAGAGACAAUGCCUCUUAUCUCGGGACCUGACGAUGAUCCGCCGGUCCAUUAUACCAUGGUCUAUGAGGAACUUCUCGUGAGAGCUAGUAGCCUCUUGCAGGCUGUGGAACACUCGGCGGUUCAGGAGGUUGCAAACUCUGGAAAGACUCUUGUUAUCCAUGGGGCUGCACUGUUGUAGUUGAUGAAACUUACCGUGGGCAACCCCACUAGGGCUAAGUGCUUGGAGAUAGCCACUUCUUCGAGUAUUAAGUUCUAACGGGAUCGUUUAGCCGUGAGUUAUGGAACAGUUAUUAGUAGGGAGUCUUCCAGAAACUCAGAGGUUGCAAAUGUGGAGUACAGAGCUGCUCUAUUCCUUCUCAAAACCGGACCUGGGUGUAAGUGGGAGUCUCAGACAUGGCCAAAAUGGUCUCAUCCAAGGUGUCAGUGUCGAGCAAGUGAUUCAACUGAUGCAGCACAUGGCAGAAGAGACAACCAUUUCGGCUCGGCCGAGGCUGGAGAGUAAGCACCGAAACU